AGACGAAUUAAACUGUUUCUUCCAUUUUCAACAGAUCAAAAAACACACAUCCAGCGGGCAGGCGGACGAACCACAGAGAGAGAGAGAGAGAAGGGGAGAUGGAAGAGUAUCCGGAGGAGCUGCGAACUCCGCCGGUGGCGCUGGUGGCGCUGGUAGGGUGUGCGGAACUUCACACGGCAAUCUCGACGCAUCUCCACUCGGGGCAGCCGCCUAUCAAUACCCUAGCACUUCCUGACUUCUCCAAGAUCUCCGUCUUCGGCAAGGCCCCCAAGGUGCCGCCCUCCGAUUCCGCGCAUCCCGCCGGUAUUUUGAGGAGGGAUUGGCUGCUCAAGCACCGCACUAGGGUUCCGGCAGUCGUCGCGGCCCUGUUCAGCUCCGAUCACAUUUCCGGCGACCCCGCGCAGUGGCUACAGGUCUGCACCGAUCUCGACAACCUCAAAACUGAGAUUGGAGGAAGGAAUAUCAAAUUGGUUCUGGUUCUGGUUGGGCAUUCUACUUCUAAAGAGGACAUCACUGAAGACCGUAUGAUUGCUCUGCGGAAGCGUGCUGAAGUAGAUUCCAAAUACCUUAUUAUCUUUGUCCCAGAUGAUGCGGUGGAACUAAAACAAUCCCUCAAUAAGCUGGCAACUGCAUUCUCAGAAUUAGCAAAUACUUAUUAUCGGGAUGAAGGACGGAGGAUUAAGAUGCGUCUUGAAAGGAAGAGCCUCAGUUCAGUUGAGAUGAGUAUUCGUUAUUGCUUUAAGGCUGCUGUAUAUGCAGAGUUUCGAAGAGACUGGUUAGAAGCCUUGAGGUUGUAUGAGGAUGCCUAUCAUACAGUGCGAGAGAUGAUAGGGACAUCAACAAGAUUACCUGCAACUCAACGGUUAAUUGAGAUAAAAACUGUUGCAGAGCAAUUACACUUCAAGAUAUCAACGUUGCUACUGCAUGGUGGGAAGCUUACAGAAGCAAUCACAUGGUUCCACCAACACGUUUCCUCUUACAGGAGGCUAGUGGGAGUACCAGAAGUUAAUUUUCUUCAUUGGGAAUGGUUGAGCCGGCAAUUUUUGGUAUUUGCUGAGUUACUUGAGACAAGUUCUGCUAGCAUCCAAAGCAUACCAGCAUUGACUUCAGGUGCUAUGGAUAGACCGAGUGAAUGGGAAUUCAGUUCAGCUCGUUAUUAUCAGUUAGCUGCUCAAUACUUGAAGGAGAAGAGAUCCUGUUUGGAAGUUGCAUUGUCAAUGUCAACUACCACUAACGAUGUUGAUGGCAAUGGUGAAUCUGUUGUACCUUCUGUGUAUGUGGGUCAGUUUGCUCGGUUACUUGAGGAAGCGGAUACAUAUGUUAUGCAACCUAUUACAGAUGAAGAGUAUUUCCAUUAUGCUCUGGCUGAAGGGAAGAGGUUCCAGGAUUCCUUUGAGAUUAUCGCUCUUCUCAAAAAAUCUUUUGAAGCGUACACCAAUUUGAAAGCCCAGAGAAUGGCUUCUUAUUGUGGGUUUGAGAUGGCCAGGGAGUAUUUUGCUGUGAAUGAAUUUAGUAAUGCCAAACAAGUUUUUGAUAAUGUUGCACAUCUGUACAGAAAAGAAGGUUGGCUCACUUUAUUAUGGGAGGUCCUGGAUUAUCUGCGAGAGUGCUCUAGGAGACUUGGUUCAGUGAAAGAUUUUGUGGAAUAUUCCCUUGAAAUGGCUGCUCUUCCAGUCUCCACUAUUGCUAGCUUCCAAUUUUUAAGCUCUAAAGAAAGUGAACCCACUGGUCAUGCAAGCAUCUCUCAGAGAGAAAUCAUACACAAGGAAGUAUUUGAGUUUGUUGCAGGAGAAUCAGGGUUGUUGUCAAACAAGGACGGCAACAACCUUAAAGUAACUGGUGACCAACCCCUUCAUCUUGAGAUUGAUCUUGUCAGUCCUCUUAGAGUGGUGCUUCUUGCAUCAGUUGCUUUUCAUGAACAGACGGUUAAGCCUGGUGCACCAACCUUGAUUACACUGUCACUUCUAUCACAAUUACCUCUUACUUUAGAGAUUGAUGAAUUAGAAAUCCAGUUCAAUCAAUCAAUAUGUGAUUUUACUAUUGUGAAUGGUGGGAAGCCUGAGAGGUCUGCAAAUUAUGAGGGUGAGACAGGUCGCAGGUUUGAGACUGCUCCUGCUCUGAUGCUUUCAGAAAACAAAUGGCUACGGUUAACAUAUAACAUAAAAUCUGACCAAAGUGGAAAGCUUGAGUGCGUUUCUGUAAUUGCUAGACUGGGACCUAGCUUCACAAUCUGUUGCAGGGCUGAAAGCCCUGCUCAAUUGAAUGAUUUACCUCUUUGGAAGUUUGAAGACCGUGUGGAAUCUUUUCCAGUCAAGGAUCCUGGUCUUGCAUUCUCUGGCCAAAAGGCGAUUCAGGUUGAAGAACCAGACCCACAAGUGGAUCUUAAACUAGGUGCUUCUGGUCCUGCUUUAGCUGGAGAGAUCUUUGUUGUGCCUGUUAUAAUUUCAGCUAAGGGUGACAAAGUCCACGCGGGUGAGUUGAAGAUUAACCUGGUGGAUACAAGAGGCGGUGGCUUGCUCAGUCCAAGGGAAGUAGAACCAUUUUCCGUGGACAAUGUUUAUGUUGAGCUCCUCAGCAUAGAAUAUGAAGAUUUAUCUCAAACUGGAACUGACAACAUCCGAAAAAUUCAGCCCUCUUUUGGAUUGAUUUCUGUUCCAUAUAUAAAUGAGGGAGAUUCAUGGUCCUGCAAGCUAAAAAUAAAAUGGCACCGCCCCAAACCAAUCAUGCUUUAUGUGUCAUUGGGCUAUUCUCCAUAUAGCAAUGAACCCAGUGCACAGAAAGUUAAUGUUCACAAAAGCUUGCAGAUAGAAGGUCAGACAGCUCUUGUAUUUAGCCACCGAUAUAUGCUACCUUUUCGACGGAACCUUCUAUUACUCUCAAAGGUCAAACCAAGUCCUGAUGCUGAUCAGAUGCCUUCACUGCCUCUCAAGGAAAUCAGUACACUCAUUGUUGCUGCCAAGAACUGCGCAGAGGUGCCAUUGCAGUUACUAUCAUUGUCUAUUGAGGUAGAUGAGGAUGACACUGGGGAAUAUUGCAGUGUGUUGCACAGGGGUGACGACCUUUCAGACCCUGCACUUCUCAUGCCAGGAGAAGAGUUCAAGAAGGUAUUCUCUGUCGUUCCUGAGGUAAAUAUCUCGAUGCUAAAGAUGGGAACUGUAUGCCUAAGGUGGCGAAGAGAUUCCGGGCCUGAAAGUUCUAGUACAACUGCUGCAACAGAGGUUUUGACCAGGCACAGAUUACCGGACAUAAAUGUGGAGCUGUCUCCUUUGGUUGUGAAUUUGGAGUGUCCUGCUCAUGCCAUCCUCGGGAACCCCUUCACAUACUUCAUCAGAAUUCAGAAUCAGACACAUUUGCUUCAAGAGAUCAAAUUCUCUUUAGGGGAUUCGCAGAGUUUUGUGUUGUCUGGUCCCCACAACGACACGAUUUUUAUUUUGCCCAAGUCUGAGCAUAUCCUCAGUUACAAGCUUGUCCCGUUGGUGUCGGGCUCUCAACAGCUGCCUAGAAUUACUGUUACCUCUGUGAGAUAUUCAGCUGGAUUCCAGCCCUCAGUUGCUGCAUCUAGUGUUUUCGUAUUUCCCUCCAAGCCUCAGUUUGAGAUGACGAAAGUGGAAGCGAGGCCGAUGGAAUCUGUUGCAGUUGAAUAAACACUCGUCACUUGAACUGAUCGGAAGAAAUAAUUUCUUUGUCUAUGGCAUAGCUUGGCUUGACUGACUGAACAAAUCACGGGGAGAAGAACUUUUCUGGCUGAACUUGAGUGGCUGAUGAUGAAGGAAGGAUGGAUAGAGGAUUAGAGGUUUGUUUACCGUUUACUGGAAAAGGUGACUAACGACGACGACGAUGCACUCGCAAUUCUCCUGGUUCAUCGGAUGGCAUGACAUUUAUUUAAUUAAAAGUAGUUGGCCAAUUGUGAAUCCCAGGGCCAGGGAUCAGUGGGGGCAAAAAUAUUGCCAAAUACAUGGACAGAUAACAAACGUAUCAUUCCUUUUCAUUGCAUGCAACUAUCCCGGUCUCAA